ACCCUAGAGUACAGUUUGUGUACAUCAUCACCAGUGUCGCUGGGGAAGUACGCUGCUCUCCACCUCAUGUCCUUCUGUUAAAUAACCGGGCGCUCACCUAGGCCCUUUCUCAGGUGUAGGCGCAACAGGGAAGAGACUUGUGGAGGGCGUAGUGGCCAGAUACCCUUGUAGUAGUGCCUAGGAGGGCGCGAGAUGGAUAGAGGAGGCGGUGAGUGACCCAGAUCUGCUGUGCCCACACGGAACCCACUACUCCAGAUGGGAUCCUGGAAGCCUCUUGAGGAUCAAGAACUGUCACUUGUACUAAUUGAGGGACCUUCAUUUGAUAGAUAUUCAUAAGUGGAAUGUCCUGCCUUCAGUGCUUGAUUUUGGAGUUCUUACAACAAAUCUCUCUUUCAUCUGUAUUGUUCUUCUAACCACCUUCAGGGUGUUAGUUCUUGCAGUGUGAAGGACAAUGGAUAGUUGGUAAGAUUUCUGUACAGUACUUCUCUAGGCAAGGAACGUCUUGCUGCUGGAAAGAUAUAAGAACCAUCAAGAAACAGUUACUUGAAAAAUGCCCUAAAACUAUGUUACAUGUAGUCCAGUACCUGAAAUGUGCCAUCAUGAGAAUAUAUUUAUUAUUGUGACUGUUUUAAGCUAUAUAUUGUAGUGGUGACUAAAAUUUGUCAUAAGUGUUCUAGUGAAAAAGUGGAAGAGGUCACAAAACAUUAAUAUUGAACAGUACUAUACUUUAAUUAAUAGUGUUAAUCUUGAAUCCAGAAACUACAUUAGUGUGACCACCCAAAACUGGCAAAAUGUUGCCCAUUACUAUUGAUGUGGAGGACACUAAGCUAACUCCUCAAGUUAGCAAGACUAAAAUCAAGGAUUUACUCGGGAGUGUGGUCAGACUGAUCCUUUCAGACUCUGACUCUCGCAAUCUAUUCUUGUUCCUUUUGCUAAAUUUAACUUUUGGCUUUGUGGAGCUCUUUUAUGGAAUAAUGACAAACAGCCUGGGUCUUAUAUCUGAUGCCUUCCAUAUGUUUUUUGACUGCUCGGGAUUGAUGGUUGGUCUGGCAGCCAAGGUUAUAACCAAGUGGAGAGCUAAUGAUAAAUUUACCUAUGGGUAUGUCAGGGCUGAGAUCCUUGGGGGAUUUAUCAAUGGACUCCUCCUAUUAUUUGUGUCAUUUUUUAUAUUUGCAGAAUCUGUUGAACGUUUAAUAGAACCUCCCGAAGUGAAACAUGAGCGAUUAUUUGUUGUAUCUGUACUUGGCUUCUUUGUUAAUAUUAUUGGUAUAUUUGCAUUCCAACAUGGUGGACAUGGACACAGUCAUGGUGGCGGAUCUCAUGGACACAGUCAUGAUGGAGGAUCUCAUGGACAUUCACAUGAAGACCAUGGACAUGGCCACUCACAUAAUGGACAUGCACAACAUGGUCACUCGCAUGGGGGAGGUGGAGGCUCUCAUAUCAUGCAAGGGGUGUACCUUCAUAUUUUAGCGGACACGCUGGGAUCAGUCGGUGUUAUAGUGUCAUCUGUCCUUAUGUAUUUAUUUGGCUGGUUGAUAGCAGACCCAAUUUGCUCCUUGUUUAUUGCUGUUCUCAUUCUAGUCAGUGUUCUCGACCUUCUGAAAAAUUCAGUAGACAUUCUGAUGCAGCGACAGCCCAAGGAGUUGGAUAAUGUGCUGUCUGGGUGUUACUAUAAAAUUAGUGCUCUGCCAGGAGUGUUCAGUGUUCAGGAGCCACACUUUUGGACACUUUGCACUGGGCAGUAUGUUGGGAACUUAAAGCUAGAAGUUUCACCUGCUGCUGAUCCACGAUAUGUUAUUCAGCAGACUCGUGCAAUUUUUUAUUCCGUGGGUGUGACACAAAUGUAUGUCCAAUUAGAUUAUUCAACUAUGUAGUGAAUAUAAAAAAAUAUAAUAUAUUAUUGUGUAGUAUUAAGAAUGUGUCUGGGAGAAUUAUGGUUGUUUUAUAUGAAGUUAUUGCUGAUCCAAAUGGUAUUUAGGU